CUCGUCUCGGCUCACGCGAUCCGCGCGCACGUCGAGAGGGGGCUCGUCCCUGCAUCAGCGGCAGCAUGUGGAUGUACCACUGGGGAGUAGUGGGGGCGAGCGAGCGCGCGCCUCGGCAGCUCUCAUAGUCGGGGCCGAAAAACCGAGACGCCAAGUCCGCCGGGCACCAAACGCACCGACGACGCCGUAGCGGUUAGAUCGCGCGCUCCGAUCUGUCUCUCGCGGCUAUAUAGACGCUCUCGCGUAUACCGGAUUGCGAACAAAUAGUGUUAGACACGCCAGUUGCCAGUGUCGUAUUGUAUACGAAUUUUUUUUUAACUACGAUAAUUUGAUAUAAUAUCGCGUUCUGAAUGGGUGCCAGGAGAGAAUCGGUAUGGUGGCCCUGGGGUACCGGUACGAUUCUGCUGGCAGCUCUGCUGCUGACGGGAUCGGGAUUCGUCGGAGCUCAGCCCGCCAAAACCGGCGAGCUGCCGGCUUACUCGAUGAUCAAGUCCCUGCCGGACGGCGAGAUUCAGAGGAUCGUCAGGUGGAACGGGAUCUGCGCCAGGGAGGUCGCCGUCGAUUGGGGAAAAACUUACCUGACUCUCCGGGAGAUAUGGCUGGAAGGCGGCCGGCUGAAGCUGAACCUGGUUUAUCAGGAGCGCAUCUUAACCGACUGCACAGAGGAGCUAAUUAAGCCCGGCAAAGAGGAAGACGUCUGCGGCUCGGAGCUACAGUGGGCCAGCCAUGUUACCGAACAGCAGGUCAAAGUCAAGGUCAGCCUUUACGGAAACGGCACCGAUCGAGCCGCCGAGGCGAUACCGCUGGAAUUCCCUUGGCUGAGGUCCACCCUCGACGAGAUGAGACAACGCUGCGCACUCGUGCAAGUUCCUAAAUCCAGCAGCAGCAGCAGCAGAAGUCGAGUAGCCGCAGUUCCAGCGGUGCAGGACGAGGAGAAAAAGUCAUUGGUCCGCUCGAAACGGGGAAUCCGCGAACUGGUCAUAGCGCCGGGUACCAAGUGGUGCGGGCCCCAUAGAUUGGCCUACAGCUACAAGGACCUCGGCGCCUUGGACGGACUGGACAGAUGCUGCCGUCGCCACGACCAUUGUCCCCGAGCCAUCGCGCCCUUCUCCGAGAGAUACGGACUGUUCAAUUACAUGCCCUUCACCCUCAGCCACUGCGGCUGCGACGAAAGAUUCAGAACGUGUCUAAAGAUGACGGGAACGUCGUCGGCGAACCUGAUCGGCAAGAUUUUCUUCAACAUGGUCCAGACGAAGUGCUUCGCGCUAAAACCGUCGAAGAUCUGCGUGAAACGAUCCUGGUGGGGGAAAUGCGAGAAGCACGAAUACAAGAAGCAGGGAUACCUGCGAGACAACAUCUCCUACUGAACAUCGCAACCAGUCUGAUAAUGAUUGUUCAGUUCGUCGGUGACAAUGCAACGGCGAUAUUCUCAGGGACCCGAGAGAGCGAGAAAAGUUCGCCGACUGUUUUCUCGCGGAGAUCUGCAUUUUAGGUACUGAAGUUGUGAGGAACUUUUGCCUCGGAAGGACGAACGCGACGCGGAAGAGUCUGGUACUUAUUGUUCUUUCUUUACUUUGUUACUAUGUAACACCUUCGUAGUCAAGUUUCGUAUAUACUCGGAUCCGAGCGAAAAUUUACAUCCGUGGUCACGCGUGAAUUGCCCAUCUGUGGGAUAAUGUGCGGAGCGUGUAGGUCUUAUGCGUAUGGCUUGAGUUAUGUAUGUUUGCUUACAUAUUAGUUGUUUUCGCGUUGCGAUUCUCCGUGAUCAGCUGCAUUUGAUUUAUUUAUUUUGGUUAGAGUGCGAUAACCAAUGAAAAUUUUGAUCGAUUUCGGUACCUACGAUGCUCCGCAGGAAACUGUAUGACCGACGUUAAUCGUUAAACUCGUUCAUUCGCAAAUCGAAAAUUAUACCAUUCAGUCGAAUGUACUCAUACGAAGGGUAUUAUGUAACUUUAAGUUAGUCUUAGAAUCAUAGUUUUAUCUCUCUUCAGUUUUGACAAUAUUUUGUUGAAACUAAAGGAAAUUGUAAAUAUCCUCUAGAGGCUAAGUUCCAUGUGUCAAAGUAGUUGUGUCUUUUCAUCUUGAAUGAUGUAUAAAUUAUGUUCAUAUUAUCAUUUCAGGUUUUCGAAAUUCGAAUGCGCGUUAUUAAAAUUCACUGAUGCGUAACCUUUACUGAUACUCAAUCAUUGUUCGUAGUGCCAUUGAUGACUUAGUAAUUUUUUGUAUGCUUCAUACUAUUUUAUUUUUAAUAUACACUUUCUUAUGUAUUCGCAAUGUUUAUAAGAUUUGUAAAGUAGCUAUAAGAAUCGCCAGAGCUUUAAACUCACUUUUUCUUUUUCUAAAAAGUGACAUAUACACUUAUUUGUUAUGACGCAUCAUUUGUUUCACACGAAUAUUUAUGAUGUCAGCAAAUAAAAAGAGCUUCAUUGAUCAUUUUUAAAGUGGAUUUUUUAUUUUUGAGAUUUCAAGGAUUUUUUGGGUAAUUGAAAAACAAAGAUUAAUUUUGAUGGCAUAUAAGAUGCUUGCAGAAUUCUGAGUUUAUAAUAGUAAGUUUUUUGAAUGUCUACAAAUCAAAUAGUAAGAAGUGGAUAAUGAUUAAUAUAACGUCUAUUAUAAAUACAAUUAGCGUCUGUAAGCAAUACUUUUAAAUACCUAGUCAUAUUGAAUCUCAAUAAUAAAAGUAAACCAUGACAAUAUGUAAAGUAGAAAUUUUUACUUAAGUAGCUCAUAAAAAAUAUGAAACAUUCCAAUUAACUCAAUAUCUUUCAAUGAAUAAUGAAUUGUUCAAAACAAUUAAAUAUUUAAUUACAAUCAGGGUAUAUUUAGCAAACAAUUUAGAUGCAUUUUAUAUAAAUGUGGUUGAAAAAUAUGCAAAUAUAUUAGAAUUUUUGUAGAAAAUAUAUAUUUUUAGAUGGCUAGAUUAAAACCACAAUAUCAAGAGUUAUUAACAUCGCGUAUGCAUGAAUGAAAUCAGGAUUUAUUACGAUGUUAACGAGAUAAUUAUCUUUUGACCGAAAAAUCUUGAACUAUUUAUAGAAUCCUACAAAGAUCGUCAUUUAGUACUUAAUAUUGUAAAUAUGUAAUAUAUACUUAUACUUAAUGAUAUAAUAAAUAUUACAAGUGUGAGAAUAGAGCAUUUUAUCUAUACUUAUACAAUCAUAUUACUAUAAGUCUUGUAAAUUAGGGAUGCUGAAUAAAUUGUCUGAUUCAGAAAUACGA